AUUUAGCAUAAGCAAAAAAUAAUACCAUGUUUCUUCAUGAUAAUUCAUCAUGAGCCAUGCAUGUUUAUAAGACCUUUUUUCUUUCUAAUUAACCCAUAAACAGCUAAGAAAUCACUAAAACGGACGAUCUAUUGGUUAUCUUACGGCUGGGUAGUUUAGCUAAAAUAUCAAAUUUUAUAACAUUGGUUAUCUAUAGAUUAGUCGUACCUUUGUGCUUUCCACGUCAAAUCAGGCUCCUUUCUUGAAAUACACGUCACCAAAGUUUCCCAUCUUUGGAGCCUAAAAGGAUCGUAUUUUGUCUUUCUCUCAUUUCCAAGAAUCGAUUUCCAAACUCCUCCUUGAGAUUUCUCACGUCCACAUCAUAGAAGAUAGGAAUCACCAAGAGGUUAUUUUCGUUAGCUCGUUCCUUCAUCUUCAUUAGCUCAUCCAAGCACCACUCUGUCUCUAGAUAACCCGAAGAGAAGAUAGCAAGUGUAUUGAGAUAAUACAGAAGCAAACUCCAAAACCCAACAAACAACAUCGUCUCACCUCUCUUAACCAACGCUCAACGAUGGAUCAAGCAAGAACACGACCACCUCAAGUGUUUAUCAAUUCAGGUGCAACCGAGCUGCCUGAUGAUUUCAUCACACAUCUCGUGUGGGGCUUGGAAGAUUUAGGGAUACUCAACGUUUUGAUAGACAGAGAAGAAUGGUGGGGAAGAGACCUAAACCAUAUAUUCACUUGUAUCGAAGAGUCAACAAUCGCGCUCGCUUUCUUCUCUUCGCGCUAUCUAGAGACAGAGUGGUGCUUGGACGAGCUUGUGAAGAUGAAGGAACGAGCUAAAGAAAACAAACUCUUGGUGAUUCCUAUCUUCUACGAUGUGAGCAAGAACGACGUGAUAAAUCUCGAGGGAGAGUUUGGAGCUCGAUUCAUGGAAAUGAGGGAAAGAUAUACGGAAUACAAAUACGAUCCUUUUAGGGUUAAAAGAUGGGAAACUUCACUGAUGACUAUUUCAAGAAUGGAGCCUUGUUUGACGUGGGAAGCACAAAGCUCGAAAAUCCCUCUUGCCGAAGAUAUCAUUAGGGAGGUCAAGAGAGAGCUAGACAUGGCCUCUGACCCGGGAUUCUCAUCUCCCCUAGAAUUCUCCAACGAUUCCCAUUCAAAAAUGCCAAUCGAAGAAGUGUUUGUUUCUGCUUUUCUAGUGGCUUUUCUCUUUAGCCUCUUCAUAGCUCGUUUACUUUUCACAGAUGUGAAAUUUUUCAGGACUGCGAAGUGGUUAGUAGGUUUUCCGGUUACGAUUGUUGUAUUACAUCAGUUACAUUGUGCACUGACACAAAGAAACAGACGAUCACCUGAUGCUUGAUCACUCGCGAUGAUGUAUAGUUAUGCUGUUUUAAUUUGUUGUACAUCAGUGUGUUAUUUACUACCUUAAAGAACAAAAAAUGUGUUCGGUAUUAUUACUCUUGUUUCUGUCUCUACUCUACUCAUUUGACAAUAGAUCUUUGUUGUCUUGUACGUCUUUUGCUUCUCUUUUAGCUUAUUAAUGGCAUGGUUGGUUUAAUGGCU